CUCCGCAGGUACCGUAUGGUAUAACAGUGAGCGAGAUAGGAACAACAUCAUGUGCAAUAUCUUGGAAAAUAAAUGGACCAAAACCUGGAAAGACGAACUUCACAGUAAUGUUGAUGGCUGACUCUCCUGCAACGUCCAAGGAAUUCACAGUAACAGGUUUUGACAUAAGAUAUUACCUGGCAGAAGGUCUAGAAGAAUAUUGGAGCUACAAUGUAACUGUGACAGCCGUUACAAAUGUUGGCGCUAAAACAUCUAACCGAGUACAUUUCAGAACUCGUCCAACAGCACCAGGGAAAGUUUCUGACUUAAAGAUAACAGAAGCACCACGAGGCGUAUAUACAUGGAUGCAGAUUUCCUGGAGAGCACCUGCAGUUCUAUUUUGGAAUAGUAUUAUUAAAGAAUACGGUUUAGAUAUCAGUACAUCUGAUAGGAAUGCAACGACACAGAGUUUGUCACAUGAAAAUGAUGAAAAUCAUGACUAUACAGUAGUUGUGAACGUAGUACCUGAAGAAACAUACACAUUUAAGGUGUAUGCUACAAACAGUCUGGAUAUGAAGGGUGAAGUUUCCACUGUAGUGAAGCAAGCCCCAGCUGGAGUCCCAGUUAAUAUAGAAGACACGUUGCAAGUCGAUAUAAUAUCUUUGCAUCAAAUGAAAAAUGUUGAAGAUAGACAGUUCACUGUUACAUUAGUGGAAGACUUUUUCGAGGAGUCAACAAACGGGCAAAUACAAGCAUCCGGGCUUAUUGCAUGUGCGAAGGACUGCAACUUCGAAGGCAUUAAGACACUUGCAGACUUCAACACAAUGGAUAAUUGGCAAGAUGCAUCACAAAGGGGUUACACGUUAUAUCGUGUAACCAAUCCAGCAUGGAUGGAUAAGUUGCAAACACAAUGUACAUGUGGUAGAAGUAAACGGGUUGUAACAAAUGUUGAAUAUACUGUUGGUAGCGAUGAAUGUUCCAACACUCCUCAAAAGCAGUAUUGUAAUGGACCACUUAAAUCUGGCACAAGUUACAAACUUGUUGCUGUAUCAUGCACUAACGGUGGAUGUCUUUUGAGUCAGGUGUAUGGACCUUUUGUAACAGCCGCUAAAGAACAAUCUGACGAUGGACGUAACUGUUCGACGGAGUCCAUCAUUAUUGGCGUUGUACUUGGAUUUACAAAUCUUCUUCUACUCGUUUAUGCGGGUUAUACAACGUUAAUAAUCAGACGAAACAGAGUCGAUAAAGAUGGACUAAAAAUGAGCACAUCAAAUAAAUAUGAUCGUAAAAGCCAAACAUACGUGAAUGAAUCGUUCAUGGUAGGAGUCGCAGGUGCCGGGGGAAGUGUAGACUUGGAAACAUUUAGUAACGCUGCGCCUGGUAGAGAAUCUGAGAAUGAAUAUUCCAGACUUGACGAAAAUACAAGGGAGGACAGAACAACUUAUGAUAUUAUUCAGAGAUGUUUAUAAAUAGACUACAAUUGUCUUAAUUUUUUAAUAUUUGGAAACAAAAAUAUUGCCAAGGUGCACAUUUAGCUGCUGUCCAUAACAAAUACACUGCAAUGGCAUAUAUCCAUCUUUUUAUAGACGAAUUAUUAACUCGACUUGUGGUGCGCGCGUUUGCGUGCUGGGGGGUUCGUUUUGAGGAGGCUGCGCUUUUGGUGCGUGGCAUUCCCUGUUUGAUAUUUUUCUUUGUUUGUAUACAAUGCGCAAACAAUUCAAGCUUAUUUUUUGUUUAAGUUAUUACAAAACAGUCAAUUUCACCUCAUGAAUGUCGUGUACAACGUUUAUCAAAAAAGUGUAUGACAGGAUAACUAAAUUUUAUGUAUAUUAUCAUUCUAAAUGUACUGCGUAAUAACAGUGUAACUGCUUGCCGUGUAGGAAGUUGGAUCUAUUAUGCCCCAGUCACACUCACUGGAGCUGCGUAUCUUUCUGGGAUGUCACCCUUGCAGUCAUAUAAUGGGUCCUAUCCCUACUUGUCUGCGGACUGGCAGCAUGACGUUUAGGGGUUUUUCGCGCAAUAACCCAAGACUAUCUGUCAAGCAAAGUCAAAGCAAGUCAUGGGACCGGUCGUGCGACUGGUCUCGAUUGGUCGUGCGAAUAUAUGGAAUAGUUGAGCGUGUGUUGGACAGUAGGAACGUCCCAUAAUAAACCCAAUCAAAACUUUAUACUGUCCCUGAAAAAGCAAUUGCAUUGUAAAUAUGUGUCUCUGUACCUGUCGUAUGUACUCAUAUGUGUUAAUUUAUAAAUUAUUUUGUUCCAAUCGGAUCUACUUAUAAAUCAGAGUAUAUAUUUUU